GUGUAUAAGUGUGACGCGAUGAGGUUGCGUCGAGUUAACACGUCAUGAGCGAAACGCUCAGGAGCGAGGCGGGCGCGGAUAGCGCGCACUUACCGCCCUUCUCAACCUUUGGCGACAUGGCGGAGAACGAGCAAAGGAUCCUCACCGCUGACACCCGGCUACUCGACCCGGGUUGGGAAUAUUACGAGAGGACUGGCGACACAGUCUCCGUGAUCUCAAGCCAGCCACAAUACCGCCCCUGGGAAUCUAUGCCUAUCAGCGUGAACGCCAAGGACGCAAUCCUACGGGCCGGUUUUGCGUCUCCUCUCGAAUACCAAUCGGUCACCCUUCAGCCAAUAGCUAAUAAGCUACCGUCCUUCCAAAGCCAAUUUCAAACAUUUCCAGAAACAACAGUGAUACCAGAAACGGGGCUCCCAAGUGUGACACCAGUGCCAGUCACAACAAGCCCGACCCCAAGCGCGAGCCCUAGUCAUUUAACCCAGCUCACGCAACUCACCACUCCGUCGUCACCUGCUCAUUUAACUACAUUAGCACAGGUGACUCCCCUAUCCACAACUUUGACGACACUGUCACCAGUAAAUGCCACAACAUUCCAUACUCUAACAGCAGUAAAUGCACGGAGCUAUCCCAUCGUUCCAGCACCACUGCAAGCACGUGAAUUGGGACCCGCCGGUCAAGCUUAUAUUGACGAUCGGCAUAUACAAUUAUAUCAACCAAAUAUUGCGACAAUAAAUGCGUUUCCCACACAAAAUGGCAUUCUACAUCAAAAUGGAACGCUUCUUCACCAAAAUGGAAGUUUAAUUCAAAAUAUCCAAAGUCCUACAGUUGUACAUGUCCUGAAAAAUGAACCGUUCGACGUUAAAGCGCUUCAAGAUAAGUACACACCUAAUGGCUUACAUCACAGUAACUUUCAAAAUCCAAUGUUAUUAGACAAUGGGUACGAUAAGAAAACAAAUGGCUUUGUAAGCGGCUCAUCGCCAACACGAUCAGAUUUUCGAAAGAAAGAGCGACGGAAAAUGAGAGCAAACAGCUCAGAGUCUGAUGGAUCAAACAUGGAGGUAGGCUCAGAAAGUAGUGGACAAGUCGCUGCAGUGUCUUCUACCGCCGGCUUUAAGUCUCCCAUGCACGGAGCCCCACCUAUGAACACUGGACCAAUGGAACUCGACGACAUAUCCAGUGAAAAGCAGACUAAGAAGAAGAGGAAGCGUUGCGGCGAGUGUAUCGGCUGUCAACGUAAGGACAACUGUGGCGACUGCGCACCAUGUCGUAACGACAAGUCGCAUCAGAUAUGUAAGCAGAGGAGGUGUGAGAAGUUGACGGAGAAGAAGCUUGUUUUGGCGCCGGACGGGACGUUGCAGACAGUGAAGAGCGAGUCGCGCCGAGGUCGCGGCAGAGGGCGCGCUUCAACAACACCCAGGGAAACAAACGCCAUUCACUAA